AUGGCCACUGUAGGAACGCUCCCCGCACCAGUUGUCACAGAUAAUGGAGACGGUUUGAAGACCAUCGUGUUCUACCGCCUGAACGAGGCCGGCAAAAAAGUGAAGGUCACGCAAAAAGUUCGUGAGACCGAAGUCGCCAGGUCCAUUGAGGGCCAGAUCGAAGCCCGCCGCCAGUGGGCGUGUUACCGCAACAAGGACGCUCCCGCGCCCAGUGUCGAAGAGAAUGUCCAGCUUAAACUGUUCCCCAAGACCGCCAAGCCCGAAAAGGGCCAGGACGCUGCGCCCCCCAAGCGCCGCGUUGCCAGCAUCGUCUGCCGAACUUGCCAGGGCGACCACUACACAAACGCAUGCCCCUACAAAGAAAAGCUCGGUAUUGUCACCGAGCCUGCUAUUCCCGAGACAACCCCUGGUCGCUAUCAGCCCCCCACGCGCGGUGGCAUGUAUGCCCGCGAGGAGCGCGACGACUCUGCUACUUUGCGGGUAUCUAACUUGCCUGACUCCAUCAACGAGGACGUUUUGGCUGCCUUAUUCGGCCGCAAUGGCCGCCGUAUUGUCCGCUGCCACGUAGCACGCAACAAGGACACUCAUCAAAGCCGUGGCUUUGCCUUCAUUGCAUUUGACACUCGCGAGAGUGCUGAAAGAGCCAAGCAGGAGCUCCAUGGUAAGGCCAUUGGCCAUUUGGUUAUGUACGUCGACUUCCCAAGAAAAUAG